UGUAUACUGAUGCCCACUUCAGCUUGAGACUUGACUAUUCCAAUGUGCUUAGGUUUGGUGAUUUUUCGAAAUGCUAGAUAUUAACUGGCACCUAUUCUGAUUCUAACUUUGACUUCAUGUUUGAGUGUUGAUGCUGAUGCAUCAUAUAUUUCCUUGCUAUUCUUAGUGUUUACAAAGUGGAAGGGAGUCAAAAUUGAAAUCAAAUGGAAGCUUUUGGUGAAGGCAGUACAAUGAUGCCAUUGAAAGGUAUCAAGGUGGUGGAGAUGGCGGGCCUCGCACCAGCGCCCUUCUGUGGUCUGAUUUUGAAGGACUUUGGUGCCUCAGUCAUCAGAGUGGACAAGCUCGGCCACCCAGAGAUGGACGCACUGGCGCGCGGCAAACGCUCCGUGUCGGUGAACCUGAAGCACCCGGACGGCGCGGAGGUGGUGCGCCGGCUCUGCAGUCGCGCCGACGUGCUGCUCGAGCCCUUCAGACCAGGUGUGAUGGAGCGGCUCGGUCUCGGCCCCAAGGCGCUGCUGAAGCAGAACCCACGGCUCGUCUACGCCCGCCUGACCGGCUACGGCCAGACUGGCCCCACGGCCGACUGGGCGGGCCACGACAUCAACUACCUGGCCAUGUCCGGCGUUCUGUCGUUCCUGUCGACCCCCGACCGGCCGCCGGUGCCGCCCGUCAACCUGCUGGCCGAUUUCGCCGGCGGCGGUCUCACCUGCGCGCUGGGCGUCCUGGCGGCUCUGCUCGAGAGGACCAGGUCCGGUAAGGGCCAGGUGGUCGACUGCAGUAUGACGGAGGGCGCCGCGUACGUCGCCAGCUGGCUGUUCAAGUCGCGCGACCUGCAGCCGGUCUGGGGACGCGAGGCGGGCACCAACGUGCUGGACGGCGGCGCCUUCUGGUACGGCUGCCACCGCACCGCCGACGGACGCUACAUGGCCGUCGGCGCGCUGGAGCCCAAGUUUUUCGCCCGGUUCGCCGAGCUGCUGGGCGAGCCGGGCCUGGAGCAGCUGCCGUUCGACUCCGCCGACGGCCGCCGCCGCGUGGCCGCCGCGUUCGCGCGCCGCACGCAGGCCCAGUGGGCGGCCGUGUUCGCCGGUCAGGACGCGUGCGUCACGCCCGUGCUGAGCGCCGACGAGGCGGCCGCCGCGCCCGGCGCCGUGGCGCGCUCCAGCUUCGUGUCUGGCGCGCGCGGCCGGCCGGAGCCGGCGCCGGCGCCGCGGCUGGAGCGCACGCCGGCCGCCGGCGGCGGUGCAGAGCCGCGCCGGGGACAGCACUCGACGGAGGUACUGCUAGAGGAGGGCUUCGACGAGGCCGAGGUGCGCCAGUUGAUCGCCGACGGCGCCGUCGAGCAGCGGCCGCCGUCCAGCAGCCUGUAACCCCCGGCCGGGCGGUAUGGACUGUAACCCCGCGGCCGGGCGGUAUGGACCGUGACCCCCGGCCGGGCGGUAUGGAGUCUAUGGACCGUGACCGCCGGCCGGGCGGUAUGGACUGUAACCCCCGGCCGGGCGGUACGGACUGUGACCCCCGGCCGGGCGGUAUGGACUGACCCCCGGCCGGGCGGUAUGGACCGUGACCCCCGGCCGGGCGGUAUGGACUGACCCCCGGCCGGGCGGUAUGGACUGUGACGUCCCGGCCGGGCGGUAUGGACUGUGACGUCCCGGCCGGGCGGUAUAUAUGGUCUCCACUCCCAGCUGCUGGGGCGGGCACAGUUAGCGGUACAUAACUGGGGAAAUGAUCUGCGGUGAUUGCGCGCCUGGUAUGUGCCACGCCAGUAAGUACUCGUACGUUGGGUCGACGUCAGAACACUAGCGGUACAUUGUGAUACGUCGUACCGGGCUCGUGCCUUUUACAUGUCCUUCGACAAUAAUGAGCAGUCUUAUGGGUCUGCCUUCA